CGGAAGCUCAAAAGCAGUCAAAAUGGCUACGACCAUGUCAUGGGGAUCAUAUCUCCUCAUUCAUGUAGUAAUAUUUUCAUGGUAUGUCUUUACCUUAUCGGCGAAUUGCUCAUUGAAAAUCACAGAGGGCCACCCAGGAGCUAAAACAUAUGGAGGCCGCUGGAAAUAUCUGACUUUCCUCAAUCUGGUGAGUGUGGUUGGUGGCUACUCUUGGUUGUUAACAUCGAGGGCGAUGCAAACGAAAUGUCAUUGAAUGGGACCUGCAGUAGGCAAAAAAACCGGCACUAUGUUAGAAAUCGUUUCCAUAUCUGCGCUAUUGUAUUACCCUACAUCAUUUUGGACCUUCCUGUGGCUUCGAGCCAAGUGAGACAAUUAUAUAAUUGCAAUGCUGUGUUUAUAUAGCCAUGUUGCUAGUGCCGGUGUCCUAAGUAGUCUAACCAUUUCUGCAUAAUUUCCACAAAGGUUUUGCAGACGGUGUUCUUCGGACUCGUUGUUUUGAUUGACAUUAUCCACCUGAUAUUGCCAUCCAAAAGUUUGAGGUGUGGUGUACCUCUCCUCCUAGUGAAAUUAAGAGACACCAUUUUCACCAUUUGGGCUUUUCCUGUUGGGACAGUAAGUGCCUUUAAUGUCUAUAUUUAUAUUUUGUGUGUGCGCACAUUUGACCACAUUUAUGAGGUGUAUAAGCUACAGUACAUCUAAACUAUGCUAUUACUGAUAACAUGUUUUGUAUUUGGACAUAAUAACCAAUUUUCUCUUCAUCUCUAAUCCCCAGUUUGUGUUCUUGUCCUUCUGGUUGAUAUAUCACUACAACAGAGAGCUGGUGUUUCCAACAUUUCUAGAUGACAUUAUUCCUAUCUGGUUGAACCAUGCUAUGGUAAGUGUCACAAUCAUGUGCACAAACUGCACAUGGUGGACUUUGUACCGACUGUGUGAUCCCAAUGUAUUCAAUUAAAGAUGGGGCUGUAUCCAAUUGGCUGUGCUGGUCAGUGGCUUUGUAUCACAUGGCUCUUUGAAGAGGUCAUGUUUUAGUAAUUCAAGGGUAGAGUUUUCUGAAUAGGAUUAUAGUCAGAUUCACUUAGCUUUGAACAGUCUCUGAUAAUUCAAUUAUGGUUGCAUUGCAUAUUAAUUAAUGUAGCCAGUCACACAGCAAUGUAGUGUUGCCAGUGUUUUCCAACCAACUGAGCCAUCGAGACCACAUUUCAGAGCUACACAAGCUUCAUUAGUAAUCUGUAAGUGCACAGUGGACACACCUCUCACUCUGUGGCCUCUGUCUCCACUACACCUGUACAGUACACACCUCGUCAGUUUUACAAUUUUAAUAAUAAUAAUAUGCCAUUUAGCAGACGCUUUUAUCCAAAGCGACUUACAGUCAUGCGUGCAUACAUUAUUUUUUUUUGUGUAUGGGUGGUCCCGGUGAUCGAACCCACUACCUUGGCGUUACAAGCGCCGUGCUCUACCAGCUGAGCUACAGUAGCAUACCUUGUCAGAACUGGUUUUAACCAGUUGCGAGCUGUACAAAAGUCUAACAGACACUUGCUGUAGAUGUUUCACAAGCAGGCAGUGCUGAGUACAUAAUGGCCUGACCUCUUCCUCUAUUUCUCCAGUCUAUCCCAUUGUUUCUCAAUCUUUUCCAGGGGGUGCAUGUUUUUAGUUCUUGCCUAACACUAACAUGACUUACCCUUUUUUAUGUGGCCAAAAUGCAUCAACACAUGCAAUGGACUAUUACACAUUGUUACACUUGGGGCUAUGAUGGUAGGGUUGGUUUCUGUCAUUCUUUAUUUCAGUCAUGUCUUUAAUCUCUGUUUACAGCAUACUGUCAUCCUGCCAUUGGCGCUGUUGCAGAUGUAUAUUCAGCCUCAUAGAUACGGCAGCAAGAUGAGAGGCAUCCUAGGUCUGGCUGUCUUAGCUGUUCUUUAUCUGGGAUGGUAAGUAAGGUUCUAUCAAUCACAUGAAGUUGUUGUGGUUUGACGAAAAAUGCUCUGUGUUUCUUCGAGGCCGUCUCUCUUACUCCUCCACUCUCCUUAACUGAAUGUUAUGAUACUUUUAACAACAUUUUGACAUCUUCCUAUAACCACGCUAUUUAAUUCCCCCCCCCCCCCACCCCUCAGGGUUCUGUGGGUGCGUCAUGCGGCUGGUAUCUGGGUGUACCCCAUCAUGGAGCGCCUGAAUUCUGUGGGCCUGGUGAUAUUCCUGGGGGUGUCGAGCAUCACCAUGGCCCCCCUCUACCUGCUGGGGGAGAAACUCAACCACAAGAUCUGGAGGAGCACUGCCGUAUCCGCAGGUGGGACAGCUCUCCGACUGUAUGACAGGAAAGGAGAAUAACCACACACUGUUUAGAUGGACCAACCAUUUCAAUGUAGCAGUGUUUCUCUCCUAGAGUGCCACAAGGCCUUUGCAUUUGAUUUGGCAGGGUGUCAAAAGAGGAGGUUACCUUUGGUGUGUCAGUGUGUUGUUCAUUAACUACUCUCUACUCUCGUUCUCUCUCUCUGAAAGGACCUCAGAGAAAAAAGAAGAAAUAAGUGUGUGCUGGCAUGUAAGCUGAGCGCCACAGAGGGGAUCAGAGAGGAAAGACAGACAGGACACAGUACCCCCAGCACUGGUCACCUCAUCCAAAAGAGACUGGUGAAUCUCUUGGUGAAGGUAGAAGUUGCCCCUAGUCACAGAUCUAGAAUCAGAUUACCUUACCCUCAGUCCUAUUAAUAACAUUAGGAUUAAACAUCUAUAUCUUAUCCUGUAUCAAUAGUUCGAGUCAACUUUUACCUGCUCAGUAUCUCUCAGGCAGCUCUCAGGCAGUGGGCAUUAUGUGCUUCUAUGGUCAGAGGCCAAAUUAUUUUAUGAUUAAAUUCAAUAAUUAGACUUCAUUUACGCCACCACAGGAUAUUGUGCUGUGUCACAGUGAGAUAACAGCUCAAUAUAAUAUUUUAUAUUAAGUUGAUCCUUAUUGGUUGAGUUAAACCAUAUUGUUCUCUCACCCUCCAUGGAGUAGACUUGCGCUGGCAUAGUAGAAUAAAAUGACAGUAUAAAUACAUUUUGUGAUUCCAUUACCUUUAUCAUGAUGCUGUUUCACUUGAUACGGUACUGUUGGUUGUGAAAGGCACAGUUCCUUAUGUGCACUUGUUAUUUUACCUUUUGAAUUCAUGCUUAUACUGUAUGUUCACUUUUAGAACACUAUGAUUCCUUAUGUAACUUGGAGGGACGUAAGACCUUGAUCAAAUUAAAUU